AUAAAAGCAGAACCAGAACGAAUUACCAACCGUUACUUAACAGCCGUCACCGAACAUUUGUGUUCUUGAUCUUCUCCAGAGCGAAGAGAGUUGGUGGGGUUUAAGGUUUUUUUCUUGAAAAGGUUGGCACAAGAGUAAAGAGGCCUUCUUGAGCCUGUUUGAUCAGAGGGCGGACAUUAUGGUAAAUGGGGUUGUAGACAGUGUAGAGUACUCGCUUUUGAAGGAUUUGAGGAUGGAGAUUGAAGGAGAUGAAGGCGCCUUCUCUCUUUGCUUUUGGGUUUACAUUAUGAGCUCCUCUGCAUUCCCUGCUACAAUCAUUCAACAGUUGCACUCUGAUGGCAUCAACGGCACUCCUUUUCUUGUUUUAAAUGAAAAGAAGAGAAUGAUGCUUCUGCCGUUGCUUCUCUUACACAAAGAAGCUCCUAAUCCUGGAAACUUCACCUCCUUGACUGAAGUUCCACAUGCAUCCAUGGAGAUUGAGUUUCCUUUAGAAAAAUGGAUUCAUGUUGGAUGUGAGGUUUCUACAGAUUCUCUUCGGCUUCAUAUUGAUGGAGAGAUUGUGGGAGAGAGGCCUUUGUCUUCCGUAUUCAACAAAAAUUCAAGUUUAAGUGGUUCAAGGAAGAUAACUUUGGCUAGUAUUGGUGGAGAUGGUCGCAGGCUGCUGGGUUAUGUCCACAAUCUUGAAGUCUUGCCUCCAACUCUAUCCAUUAAGGAUCACCAGGGAAAGGAUUUGCCUCUAAGACUAUCUAUUGAUAGUUCAGAUGCCUUUGAAAUUGAAGUCGGCAGCGAUGGUGUUUGGAGUAUUAUUGGUGGCAAGGCAUCUUGUCGCCGGAACUUUUCUUUGGAUGUUGUUUUGUUAGAUACCUUGGGCCAUUCAGCAACCAAGGACGUUGAGGUUAUUGCUUCUCUUUUGUAUGCUGACAAUGGGGCACUUGUGGAGAACACGACUGAUGGGGAAGCUCCUCUUCUGGCUAGCUACGAUGGAAUUGAAUAUGCUUCUUGUGAAAGACCAAGUAAACUGUUGCAAGGACGUGCAUCCUUUAAGCUCAAGAUAUCUCAGCUUUCAUCGAAGUGUGAUAAUAGGCUUUUCCGCAUCAGAUUUCACAUGAGAAGUGGAAAUUACCCAUUCUUUGAGGCUUUCUCCCCUCCAAUUCGUUGUAUAUCACGUGGCCGUAAUAUCCGAGCAUCCUCUCUAACAUGGAAAAGAUCAACUUCUGCUAUCCAAUCUGUUAAUUUAUCUGAAUCAUCUAGGAUGGAUGUGGGCUCCUUAGAACUUCAGCACAGCAAUAUACAUGAAGCAAGACCCUGCCCAUCAUCGAAGCGGGUUAGAUCAGGACCGGAUAAAUUAUGUGCUGCUUUUAAGACUGAUCCUAACUUGGAGCGACCUGAUGAGAAAUGUAACUCUCAUGCUGGGACAGCUAAUCUGGUUAAGAAUGAGUUUGGAACGAGUUUGGAGGGAAGACCUGAAAACCUUGAAGAAGUGGAUGAUUCACAAUCUGAUUCAGAGAGUACUGGAGAGAGAAAUUCACCUUCUAAGAGUCUGUCAAGUAGAACAAGUCCAAUGUCGGAUAUGAACAUUUUCAAAUACUCCCUCUCAGGCUUAACUGAGAGAUCGUUUAUGCUCAAGGAGAUUGCUUUGUCUGCUUCUGACACUGAACUUUUAGAAUUUGCACAUCAGGUGUCUCUCUAUUCAGGAUGUUCACACCACGGGCGCCAAAUAAGUAUUGCAAAGAGACUGAUAGAGGAAGGAACAAAAGCUUGGAAUUUGAUUUCACAAAACAAUCAUCAGAUUCGUUGGGAGAAUGUGGUUUUUGAGAUUGAAGAGUACUUCAUGAAGAUUGCUUGUUGCAGUUCUAGAUCUCUCACACAACAGGACUUUGAGCUUCUGAGGAGAAUUGCUGGAUGUCGAGAGUAUCUUUCCCAGGAGAACUUUGAGAAGAUGUGGUGUUGGUUAUACCCUGUAGCUUUCACAUUAUCAAGAGACUGGAUUAAUGCAAUGUGGAGUUCUAUGUCACCAAAAUGGAUAGAGGGAUUCGUAACAAAGGAGGAAGCAGAAUCUUCACUUCAAGGUCCGAGGGGCCUUCAAGAUCCUGGCACGUUUGUACUCCGGUUUCCUACUUCAAGGAGCUGGCCCCACCCUGAUGCUGGCAGCUUAAUUGUGACUUAUGUUGGCAGUGAUUACACUCUUCACCACAGGCUGCUUUCCCUUGAGCAGUUUUUUGGUUACAGUGAAGGAGAAAUGAAUGUAAAACCGCUGCAAGAUAUGCUACUGGCAGAGCCGGAGCUCUCUCGAUUGGGAAGGAUAAUAAGAAGUCAUUAAGUGUGCUUGUGCCUUGUGUAGCAUAAUAUCCAUCCGCUUCCAAUCUAGGGUUAGCAUUCCUGUGCGUUCAUUCCCAUUCUUAGGUUUUUUGUAUUGAUCUUCUUGUUAUUCUUUGCUGUCCAUUAUGUAUAUAUGCAUAUCAAUAUAUUGAGGAUGGAAUGUCAAUAAUCUAAAAUAACCUUAGGUGAUUUUAACA